ACAGACUCUCAUAUUGUUCGAACUUCCUGGUAUGAUGCUGUACAUGGACAGUAACAUGGAGUAAUACGUGCCAAUAAUCUACAUCGACUCAAAAUAAUUUCAAACGAAUUCGAAACAGAACCACAUCACAUACCCAUGUGAUGUGUGUUCUAGCCGUGAAGCGCUUAGAAGCCAAAGAAUACAACUUUUACUUCGACCUUUUUUGGUAUUAUAUGCAGUUGCAUUAUUUUUUUUACUAAAGGAAUAAGAAGAACUACAUAUUAUAUUGGUCCAUCAUGAUACGCUUGAUCAUGAUUUUUGGUCUUAACUUCAUUUCAGCAUUCAAUGCCAACGUAUUGUAAAACAAAGUGACAAGACUAUGAAACACUUAACAAUGCUUCAAAGUAUUUUGCUGAGGUUGCAACUACAAAUGUUGGGAAUAUUUCACUGGGCACCUAUUCAUUGGCGACAUCGAUGUUUGUUGUGUAGCAAUCACCUUGAAGAAAGCAAAGCUGAUCCAUUAUUUGAACCUCAAGCUGGAAACAAGCACAAUGAAGAAGCGGAACUACAUGACAGAGAGUUUCUUGAGGACAUGGACGAAAGUGCUGGAUUAUUCCCAUCCCCAGACUUUAGGGAUGAAAGCAGUAAGACUUGUUGGGACGAAGACGAAGGUAGUGAGAACACUUGUGCUGUGUGUGAGAGUCUACAAUGGAACAGAGAAGGUGACGUCACCAGGAAUAUCAAGGAGUGGCUGCCUGGGCCAUACCGCAGAGCCAUCGGAACAGUAGUUUCUAUGCUAUUCAUGAUAGUGCUAACGGUUGGUAUGUGCUACAUGACUGUCCUCUACUUCUGUUACCUGUUUGGUCGUGAAGACGAAGUGAUGCAUUUGACUUCGUUCAUGUCAUUUUCAAUCAGCUUGAGUUCGGUUGCCUUGAUCUGUGUCUACGGGAAGGUCCGGUAUUACUUCAAUGGAUAUGGAAAAAGGCUGGACAUGGAAAACAUUCAAGUGAACUGGGGUUGGAGUGAAAUGAUGCAUCAAGAUUUUAUGACUCGACGUCUUCAGUACCUGUGCGGACCUACGGGGUUUCAUCUUCCAGGAAUUCCAUUUCAUGUAGCAUGUCUCCUAUGGCCUGUUGUCAAUAUGGUCUUCGAAAUAGUCUACUUCAACAGUUUGAGCCAGCUCCAGCCUGUCAUAAACCUCAUGUUCGCUAUUAUAGAGGUAUUGUCUGUCACAGCUGGGAUGCUGUUAUAUGGUGUAUUCUGCCAUACGAUUUUCCACCUGCGUUGCUCCUUCGAGAUCGAGUGCAAUCUCCUCCUCGCCUUCUUUAUCGAGAACGAAGGUUACCUCGAUCGAUGUCGCAUGCGGUUGGCGGAAACCUACCGUGACUACAGAAUCUUUCAAUCAGCAGUUAGGUCAUGGGUUGCUUUCAUCGUUUCAAUCGGUAUCCUUGGACUAACUAUUCAUUUGAGUUGGAACUACGAUGUCUACAGCGGGAACGAAAAGCUGAAUAUAAGCAGCAAGGACCUCAUCCUUCUCAAUGUGCUUAUCUUCUCUGAGAAGCUUAUGAUCAUUUCCCUACCUGUCAUUGCGGUAGGUGGGAUGGACCUAAGCUAUCUAUGGCGUCAUUUUCAACUGGCUCUCUCAAGGAACCGUCGAAGUAAGCAGGAGUAUUUCUGGGACCGUCUUAUCUAUUACCUGCGUGAUAUGAAGGAGAAUGACCAAGGAACCGGUGUUACCGCUUUUCUCUCUGUCGUCUCAUUGUAUACAGGACUUAAACUCGGGGCGCAAAACCUAGACUAUUCCGGUGUUCUGGGACAUUAAUGAUGAUGAUGAUGUGGCUUUGUUCGCCGGAAACAAAAUUAUUUUCCCCUAUAGACAAUACACACACCCCCACACGCACACAGACACAUGAUGGUUAAAUUGGAGUUCAUUUUCAUAUUACUUUACAGUAUCAUUUAUUGAAUAAUAUAUAAACGUGUGGAGGCCCGGAACAAUGGAAUUAGUUAGGCAGGGCCAGUAGCGUAGAGAUGGGGGGGGGGGGGCGGAGGCUCUUGCACUCUCCCCAAUUUCUUCACGACCAAGAAAAAAAAGAGAAGUGUGAAAUUUGAUAUUAUUUUCUGAAUAUUAUGACAGUCUUUCAAAAAAUUUGAUUUUUUUUUUGGUAAUAAAAUAUCAAAAUAUUUGCUCGCUCGCUCCUAACUUUGUAUAAAUUUUAUGCAAUAUAUGCCAUAUCACCUCAUACUUAUUUUUUGCACAUUAGGCCCCUGGGCAGGGCCAUUCAACAUGAAUGAAAUGUAUUGAAUUUAGCGGAACAUCAUUGGCAUCUGCAAAUAUUCUGCUUAAGACAAAAUACAAUGUAAUACAAUACAUACAAAAUAUACAUACAAUUUGAGGAACAUUUGAGGGAAAGAAACAUAACACAAGGCAAAACAAGGUGUUACACAUGAUUCAAUACAAGUAAUUUUGAAUGGAAUGUAACAAUAUCAUAAAUAUGAUACUGAUAUUUGUAUAGUAUCGAUAAUUGUUAUCAUUGGUGCGGUGUUAAAUUCAUGAGUUGUCAAGUUAUUUAUCAAUUUGUAAGGACAUCAAACUUCUAUAUGUUAUAUGUAUUUUAUUUUGUAUAUGAAUUGAAGUUGUCAAUAAAAACUACUUAAUACGAAAAAUUGUAAUUACUAUGCUUAUCUAUUUUAUUUUCCUUUAUUGGAAGAUACAUAGAUCCUAUAUAGUUAUACAGACCAGCAGCACUUGCUAAAAUUGUCACUUUACAGCAUUCAUGAAUUAUGAUAUAACAUGAACAUUUACCCAAAAAAAUCCAGGCCGUUCUGACCCGGAAUUACUACAUGUCAUAUAAACCUUCCUCGGUUAAUAGUAAGCCUUUAAAAACUUGAAUCGAUUCAUAUAUUGCACCUGAUAUUAGUGUUACAUUUCUUUAAAUCCUUAAUCAUUACUGUCCAGGUUUUUAUGAAGGAAAAACGGUUUCACACAGUGAAGUUUCACUUUUCAGCAUGUCUGUACCCUUGUAUAUUGUUUCCAGUCAUCGCAACAGGCACUUCUUUAGAAAUGUAUCUCCUUAAAACACGUUAAUGUGUAUUAUACUCGAAUCAUAUUACUCGCAUAUGUUCAGAUCAAAGUAUAUAUGAUUCAAGAAACGCAAAAUAAAUUU